AUGAGUGACGGAAUCAACGGCGCCGCGGAGCGAUUCGCCAUCGGUAUCUCCUUUGGCAACUCCUCUAGUUCCAUUGCCCGCAUUAACCCUGAAGGCAAGGCUGAGGUUAUUGCCAACGAGGAAGGAGACCGUCAGAUCCCUACCGUUCUCUCGUACAUCGAUGGCGAGGAAUACCACGGUACCCAGGCCAAGGCCCAGCUCAUCCGCAACUCCCAGAACACCGUCGCCUACUUCCGCGACUACCUUGGCAAGGACUUCAAGUCGAUAGACCCCACGCCGUGCCACAACUCGGCCCACCCCCAGCAGAGCGACUCUACCGUGGCUUUCUCGAUCCGUGAUACCGAUAGCGAGACUCCUAACACUGUCACCGUCUCCGAGAUCGCCACCCGUCACCUCCGUCGCCUUAAACAGUCUGCCACCGAUUUCCUGGGUAAGGAAGUCAACGCCACCGUCAUCACUGUGCCCACCGACUUCACCGACGCUCAGCGGAAUGCCCUGACCGCGGCCGCCAAGGAUGCUGGUCUUGAAGUUCUGCAGCUCAUUCACGAGCCCGUCGCUGCUGCCCUGGCCUACGAUGCCAGGCCCGAGGCCACCGUGACCGACAAGCUUGUCGUUGUGGCCGACCUUGGUGGUACCCGCUCCGACGCUGCUGUGCUCGCUUGCCGCGGCGGAAUGUACACCAUCCUCGCCACUGCCCACGACUACGAGCUCGGUGGAGCUACUCUGGACAAGAUCGUCAUCGACCACUUCGCCAAGGAGUUCAUGAAGAAGCACAAGACCGACCCCCGGGAGAACGCCCGCGGUCUUGCUAAGUUGAAGCUUGAGGGUGAGGCCACCAAGAAGGCCCUCAGCUUGGGUACCAACGCUACCCUGAGCAUUGAGUCUCUGGCCGAUGGUGUCGACUACGGCUCCACCGUCAACCGCACGCGGUACGAGCUGCUGUCGGGCAAGGUGUUCGCCCAGUUCACCGGCCUGAUCGAACAGGCUAUCCAGAAGGCCGGUCUGGAUGUUCUGGACAUCGAUGAGGUUAUCUUCUCUGGCGGUACCUCCCACACCCCCAAGAUUGCCCACCUGGCUCGCAACAUCUUCGACGAGAAGACCAACAUCCUUGCCCCCUCGACGCUCACCAGCGCCAUCAACCCCUCCGAGCUGUCCGCCCGUGGUGCCGCCAUCCAGGCUUCUUUGAUCCAGGAGUUCGAGAAGGACGACAUCGAGCAGUCCAUCCACCCUAUGGUCACUGCCACCGCCCACCUCAAGAACGCCGUCGGUGUUGAGUUCGCCUCGGGCGACGCCACCGAGUUCAAGGCUCUCCUGCACGCCGAGACUGCUCUCCCCGCUCGUCGCGUUGCGCAGUACUCCACCCCCAAGGAAGGUGGUGACGUCUUCAUUCGCGUCGUUGAGGGUGUUCGUGACAUCAAGGUCACCAAGCCCGAGCCUAAGGCCAAGGAGGAGAAGCCCGCCAAGACCGAAGACGACGACGACUCCGACUUCGACUCUGAUGAGGACGAGGAGGAGGAGACUCGCGAGAUCGUCUGGAAGACCGAGAAGCCCAUUGCCGAGCUUGCCGUCAAGGGCGUCAAGGCCGGCAACAAGGUCGAGUUGAUGGUUCACGUCAACGCCGACCUGGGUCUGCAGAUCACUGCUCGUGAGGUUGGAGGCCAGAGUGCUGUCCGCGGUGCCGUCCAGGCUCCUUAG